AUGCUUCUCCCAGACCCAUCAAAUUCGUCGCUGAACGGAGGGACACCAGGGGCAUCGCUCCCCAUGAGCAUCCCCGCCGCUCCCGCCGGCAUCGGGAUCGAGCCCGACGGCUUUCCCGCCACGUCGCUGUCUCCGCCAGCAGGCCGCAUCCUCAAUGCGGGAGCUGCGGUUUUCGUGCCACGUGUCGCGAGCCCCAUGCUCGCCUCCGCAGGGGGGCCUUCCCGGGGAAGCCCGGUGCCUCCGCAGCCGGCGCAGUCGCCGCAUCAGGCGAUGAUGCCCAUGCAGCAAUCGAUGUCGCCGUCAAUGGCGCCGUCUAUGCCGCCGUUCAAUGUUCCGCACAUGGGGCAAGGCCUCCCCGCGCCUAUGGGGUACGGCCCGCCGGGGAUGGGCGCGCAAGGCAUGUACGGGCACCCAGGGGGGGGCGGCGGCGGCGGCGGAGGCGGAUACAUGCACAGCGGCUCACCGGUGGAGGCCAGUCCGCUCAUGCCGAUUGCCGCGGGUCCGCGCAGGCAAGCGCGCGGACACGGGGGGCACGCGCACGGACACGCGCACGGGCACGGCGGGCAUCCGCACGCGCACGCGCACGCGCACAUGGGGGGAAUGAUGGGGGGACCGCAUCAUGGGGGAGGGGUGGGGAUGGGGAUGGUGAUGGGGAUGGGGAUGGGUGUUCCUAUGGGGAUGCCGCCGGCAGGAAUGAUGGCGGCGGCAGAGCGCGAGGGCGCCGUGGUGAUGCAGAGCGGCUCGCCGCAGAUGGUGCCGCAGAUGCCGGCGCAAAUGCCGGCCCAGAUGCCGCUGCCGGCCGUAGAACCCGCGGAGGCAGCCGGGAACGAGCUUCCUCACGAGGGGAAGGGGGGGCAGCAGGGAGCGGCGGCGGCGCAUGGGAAGGCGAAGGGGGGAAAGCAGGGGAAGGAGCCGAGUGUGCAGCUAGCGGGGAAGGAGCUGGAGGAGGUGAAAGAGAAGAUGGUGCGACAGGUGCGUGCUGGGGCAGGUGCGGGCUGGGGCAGGUGCGGGCUGGGGCAGGUGCGGGCUGGGGCAGGUGCGCGCUGGGGCAGGUGCGCGCUGGGGCAGAUCCCUCCCCCUGCUCGCCUGAGCCCGUCAUUCUCUCCUCCUCGUCUGUCCCUCCCUUGUUCCGUCCACCCUCCCCUUACGUUCCCCCUCCUCGUCCGUCCGCGCCUCCUCCCGCUUCCCCUCGUGCCGGGGCACAUGGCGACAGGUGGAGUUUUACCUGAGCGACCAGAACCUUCCCACGGACAACCGUCUCAUGAAGCUCGUGCGUCUCCUCGUCCCCCCUCCGCGCCCGCCCCCCCUCUCCGUGCGUCCGCUGCUGUUCACCAGGUGGAGUUUUACCUGAGCGACCAGAACCUUCCCACGGACAACCAUCUUAUGAAGCUCGUGCGCAAGGACCCUGACGGAUACGUGCCGCUGAAGAUCAUAGCGGAGUUCCGCAAGAUCCGUGCGCUUGUGCCCCAGGGCUCGCCCAACGUGGCGGUCGUCAACCUGCUCGCCGCCGCCCUCAGAGCCUCGCCCUUCCUCGUGGUGGGGGAGGAUGGCAAGAAGGUGCGGCGGGCGGUGGCGCUGGGGGAGGUGGAUCUGGAGGAGGUGCAGGCGCGCACAGUGGUGGCGGAGAACCUACCAGAAGACCAUUCCAUCCCAGCCAUGGAGGCUCUCUUUGCCAAGGCGGGAAAAGUGAAGAUGGUGCGAGUGUGCAAGCCCGAAGCGGCCAACAGCGCCAACCAGGCGGCGAUAGCUGCAGCAGCUGAACCCCCUUCUCCCCCCUGCACUCAACCCCGCCCCCCUGCUCACUGUUUGUUCCCCCACCCUUCUGCCUCAACUCAACCCAUGCAGAGUGAAGAUGGUGCGAGUGUGCAAGCCCGAAGCAGCCAACAGUAUCAGUCAAGCGGGUGGGUCACACCCCUCCUUCUGCCCCUUCCCCCUGCACUCACCUCCCCUCUGCUUGUUCUCCCUGCCUUCUAUCUCAACCCAUGCAGAGUGAAGAUGGUGCGAGUGUGCAAGCCCGAAGCGGCCAACAGCGCCAACCAGGCGGCGAUAGCUGCAGCAGCUGCGGGGGCAGGAGCGGGGGCUGGUGGGGGCAACAGCGGGAGGCACGGGCACAAGCAGCAUGCGCACCACCACGACCUUGUUGUCACUAACAAGCUGCAUGCGUUGGUGGAGUAUGAGAGUGUGGAGGAGGCGGAGAGGGCAGUUGAGAUGCUGACAGACGAGAACAACUGGCGCAGUGGCCUGCACGUGCGCCUGCUCAUCCGCAAACCCGCACAUGUGCUGGUGGUGGUGGUGGCAGAAGGGGUGGUAACAUGCCGGCACUCUCUCCCCCUGGUGAUGGCGUCCUUUCCAUGGUAUGCCCUCGCUCCCCUCACUUUCUCCCUCGCUCCCACCCUCACUCUCUCCCAACAUAUAUUCUCCCCCCCACCCCCCACUCUCUUGUUUCCCCGUCCAUCUCUGUUUCCCCCCUUGCACCCUCUGUCGCUCCAAUCCUUGCACACUCCUGCACUCAUUCUCUCACUCCCUCCCUCCAUCAGUCCAUCUUUCACAGCCACUCCCUCCUAUUCCCCUUCUAUCCUUCGCUCCUCUCCCUACCCCCCUCACUCUCUCACUCACACGCUCCUCCUGCCCCUCUCGCCGUCACUUGCCGCUCACUUCCCUCUCCAGCCCGACAGCGAGACGAGCAGCAGCAGUCCACGCAAAGGCCGGGCCAUCAAGGGUCGAAACAAGGGAUCAGGGAGCAAGCUAUCAGGGGGCUCUGGCUCGUCCCACAACCAAGGUUCCUCUCUCUCCCGCACGCCCGGGCGCGACGGCAGCGGCAGCAGCUUCGGCAGCGCGCACAACCACCACGGCAGCAACAGCCACCACCAGCACCACCAGCACUCGCCGAACAACACCCCGCCACGCUCGCGCAUCGGCAGCAGCGGCAGCGGGAGCGGGAGUCACCAUCACAGCCACUUGCAUCCCCACCAGCACUCGCAGCACCACCACCACCAUCACCUGCACGGCGGAGGAACCCCCCCGAAAGGCGGUAGCUUGCCGUCCUCUUCGUUUCUCUUGCAUGGUAGCCCGUUGGGAGGUGCGGGAGGCGGUGGGAUUCUUGGGUGCGGAAGCGGAGGUUCGGGGGAAGGCUCGUCGCUGCUCAUGCGCCUCCCUCCGGGGCCCCGCAUGCCGGAUGGAACUAAGGGGUUUGCCAUGGGGCGCGGGAAAAGGUUACCGGCGGCAACAUGA